AUGGCGUUGGAGCUUCAGUAUCGGGGGACUUUCAUCGACGUCUGGGAGGACCCUUUCGAGCUGUCACGUUCCACCAUGCGUUCCGCCAGCACUCCAGCCCCGCGCGUGAGGACGCUGGAGUGCGCUGCCGAGGUUGAGGAGCGAGAGCUGCAAGGCUAUGUGGAGAACCUGUCCCAUAGAAUGGCAGAGCUGACGGAAGAAAUCAACCAAAAGGCCACAACGAGCAAUGCCACAGAGCCGACCGCUGCGGAAGAGGUUCAGCCGGUUCAGCCCGAAGCGAUUCCAGGCUCGGCCCAGGGUGAUCUGAGUCCUCUACCUCAGGUUCCUGACGUUCGCGCCUUCAGCGAAGGGAGCGUGGGGCAUCCCGAGAUGUGCCGCCGGCCAUGCGUGUACUUCAACCGGGGGCUUUGUCAAAGUGGUGCCGCGUGCACCUACUGCCAUGGCCAUCAUUCGGACCGCGGCCCCAAGCCGGACAAGAAGCAGCGCACCACACUGGACGAGAUCACCCAGGCCCAGCUCCUUUCCUUGGUGUUGCGCGCCCUGCGCCAGCGUGCCGAGGCGACCGGCAUGGCGGACAAGGCAGCAGGCGUUCUCAUCCUCCUGGAGCAAGAGCUGCACUCCUUGCAUGGAGAAUCAGAGUCUGCCGACGCGGCCAUGGACAGCCAGGCGCAGAAGCUCAGCAAAGUGAUGGUAAGGAUGUCCUUCGGAGCCCUCCUCAGCCUGGCUGCACACCGCCUGGGCCUUGACCAAUUCCAGGGCCGCCUCGGACAGGAGAUCGAAGCGCUGCGUCGUAGGGUUUAG